AGCCAUCUGUGCAGGAACAGAUAGCCGAAGGAGGCCCUCUGCACGUUCCCCCUCUUUACCUUUUUAAUAACUCGUUCGUUUUGGUCGCCUGCGGCUGUCAGAAAUCAGGUCGACAUACAAGUGCAAAUAUGAGAAUUUCGCUUGCACUUUUUGCCGCAUUUGCAGUAGGGAUUACCGUCGACGCGACGGUGUAUUUCAAGGAGCAGUUUCUGGAUGGAGAUGGAUAUAAAAGUCGAUGGUUGGAGUCCAAGCACAAGUCAGACUAUGGACAGUGGAAACUCUCUGCAGGAAAGUUCUAUGGCGAUGCUGAGCUCGACAAAGGUCUUCAGACAAGCCAGGAUGCUCGGUUUUAUGCCCUGUCCAGUCGGUUUGAUUCUUUUAGCAACGAAGGAAAAACUUUGGUAAUUCAGUUCUCAGUGAAGCAUGAGCAGAAGAUUGACUGUGGAGGUGGCUAUGUAAAAAUCUUCCCAGCUGAUCUGGAUCAGGCUGACAUGCACGGCGAAUCUCAGUAUCAUAUCAUGUUUGGUCCUGACAUUUGCGGCUACAGCACCAAGAAAGUGCACGUCAUUUUACAUUACAAAGGACAGAACCAUCUAAUUAAGAAAGAUAUCCGAUGCAAAGACGAUGAGUUCACCAACCUGUACACACUGAUCCUGCGGCCCGACCAGACUUACGAAGUAAAAAUCAACAAUGAGAAAGUGGAGUCUGGCUCUCUGGAGGAGGACUGGGACCUCCUUCCUCCCAAAAAGAUCAAGGAUCCGGAGGCAAAGAAGCCAGAGGACUGGGACGACCGCGCUAAAAUCGAUGAUCCUGAGGACACAAAACCAGAGGAAUGGGAUAAACCUGAGAACAUUCCUGAUCCUGAUGCGAAGAAGCCUGAUGACUGGGAUGAAGACAUGGACGGCGAGUGGGAGCCACCAAUGAUCCCUAAUCCAGAAUACAAGGGUGAAUGGAAACCUAAACAGAUUGAUAACCCCAACUACAAAGGAACAUGGGUGCAUCCUGAGAUUGACAACCCAGAUUACACUCCGGAUAACUCAAUUUACAAAUAUGACAGCAUUGGAGUUAUUGGAUUAGACCUGUGGCAGGUGAAAUCUGGUACCAUCUUUGAUAACUUCCUAAUCACCGAUGAUGUUAAGGAGGCAGAGGAUUUUGGCAAAGAAACAUGGGGAGAAACAAAGGGUCCAGAGAAGAAGAUGAAAGAUAAGCAAGAAGAUGAGGAGAGGAAGCAGAGAGAAGAGGAAGAGAAGAACAAGAAGGAAAGUGAAGGUGAUGAGGAAGAACCAGAAGAGGAACCAGAAGAGGAGGAGGUGGAAUCUCCAGAGGAGCCGAAUCCACUAGACAAGGAAGAUGAUGAUGAAGAUACACCUGCUAAAGACGAAUUGUAGACGAAGAUCAUCCGUGUGCAUUUUAGGAGAACCUACUGAACCUCCCCCACUCAGUGAAGUCCUUUCUGUGGGCUUUAACUACUCAACCAGGACAAUAGAGUAAGGGUGUGAUGUGGUUUUAUUUCAGUUCAGUUGGUGAGGAGUGUUUUCCCACCGCUGCGCCCCUGUUUUUAAUCAUAAAUUAAUCCCAUGAGAUAUUAGUCAUGCCCUGGAUAUUUUUUUCUACUGCUGCUACCUGGCUUCUCCAAAUCCCACCCAAAAUCACAUAAACCUAAAUUAGAUGAAGUUUGGAUUAUUGCCAUCAUGUCUUGAGGGGAAAUAAUGAAUCAUUUUUAGGUUAUUUGCACUUUUUUUUUAAAUAAAUGAUUUUCUUAAACCAUU